CCUCUAUGGCGUCUACCUUUUUUCAUCGGUGCAUUGUCGACGUUUCAUUUCCUCGAGUUUUGGACAACGGCGAAAUACAAUACUCCUGUCGCGAAUGUCGGUUCAUUCCUUUUAACUGCGAACUGGCCCGCGUAUGCGAUCGCGCACAUGGCAGCUUCGCUCGAAUGCCUUUUCACAAAGUUAUUGUUCCCGAAUCGGUCUUGGGCGCCACUUUAUAGUGGCCAUAUAAUCCUACUUCUGGGCUUCAUUAUGGUAUUUGUUGGGCAAUUUGUUCGCAGUGCAGCCAUGGUUCAGGCUGGCCAAUCGUUCAAUCAUACCAUUCAGCACCACAAGAAAGAUACCCAUGCCCUAGUUACCACGGGUCUCUACUCGUUCCUACGCCAUCCCUCAUAUUUCGGGUUCUUUUAUUGGGGAAUAGGCACGCAGAUGGUCCUAGGAAACCCUGUUUGUUUCAUAGGAUACACGCUUGUGCUAUGGAGAUUCUUCUCGGCAAGAGUAAAACAUGAGGAAGCGUUACUCGUCCGUUUCUUCGGAGAAGAGUAUGUUAGUUAUAAAAAGAGAGUUGGAACGCUGAUGCCAUUUGUUGGCCAUUAAGCGACCCUUCAUAGGAAUUGGUAUUGGGGAACGGCGUUUAGGUCUGAUACCAAUGGGUAGAGUUAUAAUACCCCGGUUAACGGGUCUAUGUCUUGACCAUGUAGAAAUUAUAAUAGAAUAUUUUAUGGUUAGUUUAGAGGGUCUUGGUAAAUGGUUUGAGAAGAUAACAGCAAAACAAAGUCCUUGAUGUUGUCCUAUAAUGAGUAGGACUAUCAAGUAGGAUCAUAUGACGCAACCAACACACCACAUAGUAGAAUUGGAGCUACAUCCUUACAAAAACACCAGUAGCCCCACAAGCUGAAAGAUAUCGUUUGUAAUAUGUCGAGAAUCAAGAUCAAUUAG